ACAAGUGAGUGAAAAAUAGACAAAGAAAUCGUGAAGAAUUGCACGGAGGUGCAAGCCACAUUUUAUCCUCUCCAAGUAAUGGUGGUUGGACUGAGAAAGUGCUAAACCGAAACUGUAAUAGGUCUGGUUACUUGGGUGUCUCUCUGUAUUAUCAUUGUUGCCUCUUACUGUUACAUUUGCUGUCUGUGUUGUCUCUCCAGAUCCCAAUGUUUUCAGAUAAUUCACAUUGCCCUGACUGUGGGCAGCAGUGGUUCCCUAGUUUAGAACUAGGCCAUUGGUUGUACCAAACUGAACUGGUUGAGAAUGAAUGUUACCAAGUGUUCUUAGACCGUAUUAACAGAGCUGAUUAUUGCCCUGAGUGUUACCCUGAUAAUCCUGCUAAUAGAAGCCUUGUUCUUCCUUGGUCUUUCCCACUUGAGUGGGCUCCUCAAAAUCUUACCAGGUGGACCUUUGAAAAAGCCUGCCACCCAUUUCUUUUGGGUCCUCCACUGGUUAGAAAAAGAAUACAUGACUCUAGAGUUGCUGGUUUUAACCCUGCACUACAGUUAAUCCUGACGAGGACAGACAAAACCUUAAACAAAAAACUUGGCCAAAGCAAGUAACUUCUUAAACAGUCAAGAUCAUGGAGACUCUAGAGGGUUUUGUACUAGUAACCCAAGGAAGAUGGAAAAAUGACUCCUUUCUAAAUCUGAUCCAGACUGUCACUGCUUUGGGAAACUGCUUAAAUUGUUGGAUCUGCUUCCAGGGUCUAUACAUCUCUUGUUCAGCAUGAAUUUAAUUAUUAGUCCAAGCCAGACUGUUCCUCUGGAACCUGACUAAUCCAUAUUUCCUAUGUUUUGGAAUUAGCUUGCUCCUCCUAAAAAUCUCCACAGCCUAAUCAUUGACGUUAUUAUGACAAGGUAGUCCUGGAGGAGAAGCCUAUACUGUGUGUACUUUAAUUCUAGUAAUAACUUUUGUGGGAAAGCAUCCUUGUAGCUGAAUUCUAGAUUAUUCCAGUAAAACAAUUAGACGUUUAAUAAGAAUCUAUAUUCUCAAUUCCACCUCUUAUAUAUUAAUCAGUGAUAAUUAUAUAUAUAUAUAUAAGGUUUAUUCAUAUCUAACCAAAUGUUCAUCACUGGCUCUAUUUGGUUUAUUCUCAGUGUGGCUUUGACCUUCCUUAUUAACUGGUCACUGUCAGAGAAACCACAUUCAAUCAGGCAAUACCUGUAUAGGUUACAGGAAAAUAUGCAGAAAUGCCACCAUCUAGUUACUUGGCUCUACAUAAGCAAAGACUCUCCUGUCUUUGUGGUGACUGAACUUAGAAUGUCCUCCUCUGGAAAUGGAAAAGUACCUGUAUUAGGGGCUAGGUGACAGAAGGAGUUAUCAAACUUGACUCCAUAUAGAUUAUGAACAGUUUAGGGGAAGCAUUUUUCUUAGAACUAAAAAGGACUUACCUGACAUUGGCCUCAUUCUGGCCUUCACUUGUUCAUGAGAAUCAUGGAACCAGAGUUUGAGUUAAGAAACUUGGAAAAAGCAGCUGAAAACAUCUCAGAGUCCACUUAACAAUUUAAAAAUUCCACUUAAGAUGCUAAAUAAUACAUUGCUUAUGUAGAAACUCAACAAUGGUCUCAAGGUCCCAGGUUCUUUCUGUCUUUCCCCUCUGGGAUCCUUAUUGUAUUGGCUUUUUGCCCACAUAGUUGUUUUCUCAGUGAGUACAAUGUAGCUUGUUGCUGCUCCAGACAUUUCAAUCUCUCUCAAAGACUGGAAGUAGGGAGCAAAAAGCUUUGUUCUUUCAAGUCUCUAUUUUUUAUUUGGGAAGAAAAUCUCUCUCUCAAAAGUCCCUCAGAUUUUUCCUUACAUUAAUUACAUCAGGGAUUUUCCCUUACAUCCUUGAUUCAGAAAGGAGCCUGGGAAACCUGACAGAGGGGAAUGGAGUUGACAUUGCCUGGGUAGGACACGUUGUCUCCCCUAAUAAAAUCAGGGCUCUUUGAGGAAGAAGUGAGGGAUGAAUGGCUGUUGGUGUGCAGCAAAUCAUGCCUGCCACAUGUUGUUUAAAGUCAUCUGUUGGUCUGUAUAAAGAGUGUACCCCGAGAUCUGCCCUGUAUCUGCCUUAUGUCUGUCAUGAUUGACGUUCUCUUCUGUUCUAUUGCUGAAUAAAUUGUGUGUGGACUGCCA